AUCCCCUUCAUGCUGCUUGGAUAAAUGUGUAUGUUAGGCCGGUCUUUCACUAAACAAGGUUUAUUCAUGAAUAGAGAACAAAAGAACAAAAGUGUUUAACAACAUAUAGCAUUAUGUUAAGAGCAUAAAACAGCAGCUAUUUUACAGUUAUACUAACAAACAACUUUUUUUGCGUUUUUGUUCACAUUAAGCAAUGAGAGAAAUACAGGCCUAGUUUUAAAUUUGUCCUGGCCAAAGUGAAAUUUAAAACGAGACAAAAUAUGACAAAAUUCAUCAGGUAAAAGUAGUCCAUAAUGUUCUUGUCAAAAAGCUAAACACAUUUUUCUUUUUUCCUUCUAACACUUGACAGUUCCACAAUAACAAAGUGUUGGUCUUAUUAGAGCCCUUAGAGUUAAUUGAAACAUAUAUAUUCAUAUAUUUGGUAAGGUAAUAACCCCACCUUUUCCUUGCAAAUAAUGGAAUAAAAACAAACAAACUUGAAGGAACCAACACAAAUUCCCAUUGUAAGAGUGCACAGAUUGCUCGGUUGUUCUUUUUAUGAAGCAUAUUAUUAUCUGUUGGUGUGUCUCCAGCAAGUGAGAACCAUUUAAAUUAUAUAAAUUAUAUAAAUUACUUAUGUAAAGUAUUAUUGUAUCCUUCUAAUGAAACGUGGUUAUUCCAGGGUUGCCUUUUAUCUCUUAAGUGUUUCACUCUACAUGUUACGUUUUAUGCCUGGAGUUGAGUCUCUGGGCUAAAUCACGACAUACUGUAUAUUGAUCAUAUAGUCAAGCCAUUCAUAUGGAUAAAUAUGGAUUUGUGUUCACACUCCGGAGCAGCAGAGGGCGACAAUGAAGCAACUCGAGCUUUUCAUGUCAUGUGACACAACACGGAACUCGCUGGUGUGCAGCUGGAUGUUGGAUGUCCGCGAGAAGAACAUUAAUUUUAAAUUUAACGUUUACUGCGUGCAAUGACUUUGGAAAGAGUUAUUGAGUUUGAUAUUUGAGCGAUAAUGGCGGUGAGCUGGGCCGAGAGGACUUCUGCUUUCUCCCGCAGUCCGUCCCGCUUCCUCUCCGGGACUACAGCGGAGGCUUUCCUUGCCGAGCUGCUCCGUGAGCUCCGGGAUGACAGAGCCAGCUACAGUGUCAAGGUCCUCUUGCUGUCCCCGCUCUGCGAGCACCCGACCCUGCUGUGUCCCUCAGACUCUGUGGGAGAGGAGACGGCGCUGGAGCUCAUGUCAGUGUUCACCCAGUGUCCCCAGUGUCCCAAAUCCGUCCAGUUUCAUUGUCACCUCCUCCUAGCUCUUACUUCUGUCCUCGUCUGCACUUCCUGUGUGAAUGGCCGCUCCCGUGCAUCUCAAGACUUCCUGGACCUACUCCUCCAGAUAGCCCAGGACACCGGUGACCUCCACGGUGACGGGGCUCUGCGCUCUCUGCGAGCUACGGCGUGUGACUGCCUGCGGGAGCUGGAGGCCUGCUGCCCCGGCCUUCUCUCACAGCGCCUCGAGCUCUUGGGUGGGCUUCGGCACAAAGAAACCUCCAAGCUCCACCAGGCCUAUGCAGGACUUCACACUCUGGUGAUAAGAAACGCUGUGUAUCAGCUUGCCCAGGAAACAGGAGCAGGUGCUGAUCAUCUUAAAGCUCUUCUAGGAGGAAAUACAUCUGUUGCAUGGGAAGCAGAGCAGGACUCAGACCUGAUGAAUAACAAGGACUCAUCCAUACUGUCUUCCCUCAUCCUGGGCCCAAUGAGUACAGCCCCCACUCUCCAGACUGGGCCUGACUGCAAGGAGUUACGCUCAGUCCUGUCCUCCCUCCUGGAGGAGUCCUACCUCCUCACUCCUCUAUGUCAAGCUGCACUGCUACAUAGAUUGAUAGAGGUGGUCGCCAUGGUGCCUGGUGUCCCGCCUGCCAUCUUCAGAGCUCAACUGCUGCGACUGCUGGGCACAAGCGAGGUUUGCCUCCUUCACAGCACUCUACUGAUGAAGUGUGCGUUCACUGACAGCCUGUUUAGUGCAGAGGACGAAGCUUUCAUCCUCAAACGGCUGGUCGUCCUCUCGCAGCACCCACUGCUGAGUACACCCGAGAAGCUUUUCUACAUGGACUGCAUCCUGCACUUUCCUGAGAACCGACCAAUCAGCUGUGGCGAUGGCGAUGAGUCCCUCCCCGUGCUGCUGACUCCCCAACUAUCCUCCGCUCUGCUGCCUACUGUAUUCAACGACAGCGCCACCAUGCUGGCCCGCCUCAACCUGCUGUCUCUGGUCUACCUGGAGGAGGGGGAGGGGGAGGGGGAUGGGGAGGAAGGCAAGGGGCUGGCCUACCUCUACGAACACCUCACCUCGCUGCUCCGCAUCGUGGAGAACGGAGGCAGCAGAGAGAUUGUCGUCACCUUCUUCAGAGCUGCCUUCCUCUUUCUCUACUACUUCUGCCAGGUGGAGAGCUACUCCAAAGGCCUGACCGAGAAGCUGUGUGAGCUCUACCUCCGACACACCCACCUGGCCCUGCACCUCAUCAACCUGGCCGACCAGACCCAGGACAGGCUCUCAGAGUCUAACUGGGCUGUCGAGCUCCUCCGGGCCCUGCAGGGGGUCAUCACAGAGGCCCCGCUCGCCCAGCUUACCUUGCAAGACUUCAGCUGGCACCUCAAGAUGCUGUCUCGAGUGGCAGAGGAAGGAGAAAUCCCUCAGUGCAGCACCCUCAACUUCCUGUCCAGCAUCAUCACUCCUUCUUCCUCCUCGCUGUGCGUGAGCGGUGACUGGCGCCUAGGGAACAGUGUUCUGGGGGUUUGCCAGCGCCUGCUGGUACACCCCACCCUGGACUCGCUGCUCAUACCUCUUGCCGACAUCCUGCAGCAUCUCGCCUGUCGCUACGGAGACACAGACAUCCAGGACCACGCCCGCCUCUACUACACCCUUCUCACCACUCUGUCCAGGGAGAAGCUGGCCGGGGUGUUGGCGCAGGGAGCAAGCGAGGGAGGGCGGCAGGUCAAGAAGCGGUCUCUGUCCUGCAUCAUGGCUGAGAGCGAGGGGCUGACAGGCGUGCUAACCGUUCACCAGACGGAGAAACCGAUAUUCAGGCUGGUUGAGCUGGAUGAUUCUGAGCUACGAGAAGAAAAACAGACCAAUCACGAAAGUGACUUGAACACAAAUGAGACGCAGAAAUGUCCAGGUGAGGCGAGCGCAGCAGCGGAAGCCUACAGAGCCCAGUUCCACCACCCUGGCUUCCCCUCAGAGAUCACCUUACACUACCAGCUGACUCACACUGACGCUCACGACUCUCGCUUCGAUCAGCUCUUCAGCAUCCGCCUGCACUUCACCCUCACAGACGACCACUAUGAAGAACUCUGCGACAUCAGUGUGCCCUGUCUGUUCAGAGAGAGGCCGUCACCCGUGGUGAAACUGAGACUGAAACCAAGGCGGCCUUACCCCACCACCCUCCACGCCAGCGCCAUCUUCACCACCCAGGACGGGCUCUCCUGGCACACCCUCCUGCCAGACGUCCAUGUGUCUUUCCAGCAGGCCUUCAUGCCUUUGCCUGCUCCCACAACUUGGGGAACAGGCAGCAAAUUGAACGUGUUCGAGGGACUGUGGGAUGAAAUCUGCUCAGAGAGCGGGGAGAAGGAUCAGGCCGACUGCACUACCAGUCUGUUUUGUUGCCAGCUGGAGGAGGCAGCUCUUGGGGCCUUGUUGGAAAAACACUUCCUCCCCUACCUUAUAUCAGAUCCGUCCCAUGAAGAAGAAUUCAAAGUGCUUUUCUUCCUCCCCCCGCGCUCUCAUAUGCUGCUGAAGAUCAGGUCCAAGGAGGAUGCUGUUCACUUCAAUAUCGCCACAGAUAACUGGCAGCUUCUGCCUCACACGAGCUCUUUUCUACUGACUGUUACAUCCUCGCAGGAAGACAGAUGACCAUGAUGCAUCUUACCAGCUUGUUUUUAAAAUUAAAUAGCUGACUUUUACCAAAAAUCAUCCGUUGUUUGUCAGCGCUUUAAUAAUUCAAAUGUACUUAAAAUGAUAUUAUAGAAGACAGUUGAUUUAAAAUAAAAUGAUUGCACUUUAA